AUGUCGGGAAGCCGACCUCAACCGAGCCGCAGUCCUUCGUCGCAAACAACACAUCGCCCAGCAAACCCCAGCGCCUUGCGCCAAAGCUACACAAUGGGCUCCCCCAUUCAGUCUCCCAGCUCCGUCGGCGGCGAGUCCGAAUACCUGAGCACUCGCGAAGAUGCCACUCCGCUAGCCACUCCGCUUCCCAAUGACAACGAUUCUCGAGGCCCUCCUCGCGCUGGCCCUAGCCUCGCCCGACCGAAUACCUUCCCGCCCACCGAGUCGACGAGCCUCCUGCAGAACGUCCUCAUUGACAACCCACCCGCUCACAAUUAUCCUAAUGGUACCUUUUCGCCGCGGCCCGCGAGUCCCGUCGGGAGUGAGAACCCGGAGUACGACCGCGCCUCCUCUUCUGCGUCCGAGAUCCCUAUCCUCGACCCCAUGUUGACUGCCAUCACCGGCGACGACCACUGGAGGAAGCGGUUCAUCAGGAAGAUCAAGAGCAAGAAAAUGCACACCUCGAGCACCUUGGCAGAGCAGGCCGGCUUCAAGGACAAUCUGUGGAUGUACCUCUCUUACUACAUCCCUCUCUUGACCUGGCUGCCCCAGUACCAGUGGUCCUACCUGAAGGGAGACCUUGUCGCAGCUCUGACGCUUGCAUCCCUCUACCUGCCAAUGGCCCUCUCGCUUGCCGACAACCUGGCACAUGUUCCUCCCAUCAACGGGCUGUAUGCUUUUGUCUUCAACCCCUUCAUCUACGCCAUAUUCGGCAGCGCACCGCAGAUGGUAGUCGGUCCAGAGGCUGCCGGGUCUCUGCUAGUCGGGUCUGUGGUCAGGGGCAGCAUUGACCACGACAAGGGAGACGAGUACAAUGCCGAGGUGCAGGCCAAAAUCUGCGGUGUUGUAGCGGGCAUGGCCGGUGCGACGGUCUUCAUUGCUGGCCUGGCAAGGUUGGGCUUCCUCGAUAGCGUCCUCAGCAAACCUUUCCUGAGAGGUUUCAUCUCUGCCAUUGGUUUCGUUAUUGCCGUUGACCAGUCCAUCCCCGAGCUCGGCCUCGCCAAGUACGCUGCGGAACUCGGCGUGGGCCACGGGAGCAGCAUGGACAAGCUGAAAUUCAUCUUCAGCUCCUUCGAUCAUGUCCACAAGCUCACCUUCAUCGUUGCUGGUGUCAGCUUCGUAAUCAUGAUGACGAUGCGGGAACUCAAGAAACACCUCCAGCCCAAGUACCCGGGGGUCGCCUACAUUCCCGAUCGCUUCUUCGUCGUCGUCAUUGCCGCUGUCCUGUCCUGGCAAUUUGACUGGGAGAGCAGGGGCGUUGAGAUACUCGGACCGGUCAAGGCGGCGUCAGGACACCUCUUCACCUUCCGCUGGCCUUUUCAGACUUCUCACAUGGAGCACAUCCGCGAAGCUAUGGGCACGUCCUUCCUGAUCGCGCUUCUGGGCUUCUUCGAAUCGUCCGUCGCAGCCAAAAGCCUGAGCAGCUCCGACAGUGUGCAAGGAAUCCAGCUCAGCCCCAACAGGGAACUCGUGGCAUUGGGCGCUGCGAACAUCGUCGGAGCUUGCUUCAUGAGCUUACCUGCCUUUGGCGGUUAUGGGAGAAGCAAGUUGAACAAGCAGACCGGUGGUAAGACACCAAUGAGCUCCAUCUUCCUCAGUCUGAUCACGCUACUGGCCGUCUUUUUCCUGCUGCCGUACUUUUAUUACCUUCCCGUAAGUCACUCUGUCCAAGCUGCAGUGCCCCUCGCUAAUGCCCCCAAGAAACCGGUACUCUCGUCGAUGAUCACGGUUGUGGCCUGGUCACUCCUCGAGGAGGCCCCACACGACAUAGCCUUCUUCUUCAAGAUCCGAGGCUGGACCGAGCUUGGCCUGAUGAUCAUUAUCUUCGUCUCGACGAUUUUCUACUCACUUACCCUCGGCAUGGCCAUCGGCGUCGGUCUAUCGCUGCUGCAGGUCAUCAGGCACUCGACUCGUCCUCGCAUCCAGAUCCUGGGCCGCAUCCCCGGUACGCACCGCUUCGAGAACGCCGAGUUGAACCCGGAUCGCUUGGAGUUUGUCGAGGGCUGCCUCAUCGUCAAGAUCCCGGAGCCGCUGACCUUUGCCAACACGGGCGAACUCAAGGCGCGCCUUCGGAGACUGGAACUUUACGGCACGAGCAUGGCCCAUCCCGCGCUGCCGAGAUUGCGGGGUGAGCAUCAUAACAAGAAUGUCAUCUUCGACAUUCACGGCGUCACGUCGCUAGACGGGUCCGGUACGCAGGUCCUCCUAGAGAUUGUGAGCGGGUACAGAGAGCGCGGCGUCCGCGUGUUCUUCAGUCGUGGCCCGACCAAUCCGCGCCAUUCCAUCUGGAGACUCAUGAGACAAGCGGGCAUUAUCGAUCUGGUCGGCGGAGAGUCACACUUCGUCACGGACGUGCAGGAAGCACUCAAGUUGACCGAAUACGAGAACAGCAUCAGCGAGGUUACAAACCCCUGA